AUUCCCUUCUGCGCGUCGCGCGUGACGGAACAGUAUGCCGGCGCCCGUCGCGCUCCGACGUCAUCUCCGGGCGCCGCAUGGCUCCCAGCCCACCAGGCUUUCCUUGGCCAAGAUGGCGGCGGUCGCGUCCUGGGGCUGCCGGAAAUACCUCUUAAAUGCGUGGCUUGUAUCCCGACAAUGCUCCGGCCUUGUGCAACACCCUUCCUGCGUGUGCCGAACGAGCAGAUUGACGUUAGAAUUUUACCAGUCCAGAUGUUCUUCCUCGGGCCAUCGGAAAGGUUUUAUCUCUGGCUUCGUAGAGAACAUCAAGCAGGAGCUGGCCAAAAACAAGGAGAUGAAAGAGAGCAUCCAGAAAUUCCGAGACGAAGCGAAGAAAUUGGAAGAAUCGGAAGCCCUUCAGGAAGCACGGCGGAAAUACAAAACCAUCGAGUCUGAAACCGUCAAGACCUCGGAAGUGCUUAAAAAGAAAUUAGGAGAAAUUAGUGGCACCGUCAAGGAGAGCAUAGAUGAAGUCAGCAAGAGCGAGAUUGGCCGGAAGAUCAAGGAAGGAAUGGAGGAAGCGGCCAAAACGGCAAAGCAGUCUGCAGAAACAGUCUCCAAGGGAGGAGAAAAGCUGGGCCGGACUGCAGCAUUCAAAGCCAUUUCACAGGGCAUGGAGACCGUCCGGAAGGAGAUUGACGAGAGCGUACUGGGUCAGACGGGUCCUUACAGGCGUCCGGAGAGACUCCGGAAAAGGACAGAAUCUGCUGGCGAAAGGCUGAAAGAAGAGCGGAUAUUCGAAGCCAACGAGCAAGCGAUGGGCAUGGUCCUACACAAAGACUCCAAGUGGUACCAGCAGUGGAAGGAGUUCAAGGACAACAACGUGGUUUUCAACCGGUUUUUCGAAAUGAAGAUGAAAUACGACGAGAGUGACAACGCCCUCAUCCGGGCCUCGCGCGUCAUGACGGACAAAGUGACCGACUUCAUAGGCGGGCUCUUCUCCAAGACAGAGAUGUCCGAGGUCCUUACGGAGAUCCUGCGCGUUGACCCCAACUUCGACAAGGACCAAUUCCUCAAACAGUGUCAGGCCGACAUCAUCCCCAACGUUCUCGAGGCCAUGAUCUCCGGAGAUCUGGAUAUCCUGAAGGACUGGUGCUACGAAGCGACCUACAGCCAGCUGGCCCAUCCCAUCCAGCAGGCCAGAGCCAUGGGGCUCCAGUUCCACUCCAAAAUCCUGGACGUGGACAAUGUGGACCUGGCGAUGGGGAAGAUGAUGGAACAGGGCCCCGUGCUGAUCAUCACCUUCCAGGCUCAGCUUGUGAUGGUGAUUAAGAACCAGAAGGGAGAGGUGGUGGAAGGAGAUCCGGAGAAAGUCCUGCGGAUGUUGUACGUCUGGGCCCUCUGCAGAGACCCUGAAGAAUUGAACCCUUACGCUGCCUGGAGACUUCUGGACAUUUCUACCUCUAGCACUGAGCAGAUCCUAUGAGUCGGCCUCCGAGGGGGCGGCGGUGAGGGGGGUGGCCCUCGGCAGAGAUCCUGCAGAGCGUCCCAUCCCCUCCCCGUCCUGCGCAAAGUCCAGCACGAGGGACCCCUUGGUGCAGCAGGGCUGGGCCAGGCUGCUGGCUCAGAGGCUGGGAGACCCUCUCCCUGGAUCCUCUUUUUCUGGCCUUCAGACAUGGAACUUGCCGGCAUCCGAGCACAAUGGGAGGCAAACGCUGAGCCCCCUGCCCUCACGGACUUCUGAGUCUCCGGGACUCCGCCCUGCGCUUUGCCAAAGUUGUGCCUGUUGCGAAACUCGCUACCCUCCAUCUCGCGCCAAUGAGGCUUCCGGAACGGUCCUUUCCUUGCAACGGAGUCGAGGGGCUGAGCCAGACCCCAGUGGGGCUGCCUUAGGGCGGAGCAUGACGACCCACACGCAGGCGGGAGAGGAAAGAGGGAGGGUCUCUUGGCGUGGAAGGCCGGCAGGAGAUGGCCUUUCUUCCAGGAGCUGUCUUCUCUUAAUGUCGGCAGGUUCAGAAUGGAACCUGGAGUCUUUGGUACCCCCUCCCCACUUUCCGCAGCCCUGGCAGGUCUUGGAAUUGGCUUAGUGCCCUUGAUGGGGUGCUGGGGUGGGGGGGGUGACCUCCUGUCCAUAAGAGUCUUUUAAACCCCCUCUGUAAAUUAAAAAAAAAAAUGCAGCCCACCCCAGGUGUGCACAUAUCUGUUCUGACCCAGCUCCCCAAACACGACCUACCCUCUGAAGUUCACUCAAAAAUUCCUUUAUUAGGAGCGCCAGCCGCCCCAGGAAAAAGUUUCUCUCUCGCCACAGGCUAAUAAAUCCAUCCAUCCGGAAAGUGAAUAGUUGUCUUAUCACACCUAUUCAUCUCCGCCCCCUGCCUUGUAUCCCCAGAGCUAAGGUGGGGCUUCGCUAGCAGCAGUAGCUCUUCCGUCCCAAGGACCGGCCCAUAGAUUUCCACUGCUCUCCUCUCCUCUGUGAAUCCACGCAUCAGGCACUGGACCCAGAUUUUCCUCCUCUUCCCCAUCAGCCACCUCCAGACCUUGGAGGCUGUUGACUCUCCACCUGAGAGCUGAUGGACGGCCUUUGUCUCUCUCUCUGCCAGCCCCAUUCCCUCUCGGAUCUCUCAGGAUGCCCUAACUCCCACACCCCUUCCUCCUCCUCCUCUAAUUCGACUGCUGACAGGCCACAACAGGAUCUGUCAAAGCUGAAAUAUAGCCGGGCCAGCGGCCCACUUAGGAUCCCAAGAUGGAUCCUGCCCCGAGCAGCAAAAUACAGGUAGGCUUCAGCUCGGUGACUGCAACGGAGCCCCAAAGUCUAUGUUGCUAAGUGAGGCAUUUGUUAAGUGAGCUUCUGACCCGUUUCACAACUUUCCUUGUCACGUUUCGUUAAGUGAAUCACUGUUCACUGUUAAAUUAGUCAGAAGGCUCUUAAGUCCCCCCUAGACUUUCGCUCAUCAGAAAAUGGUCCUAAGUCACUUUUUUUCCCCCCAAAAUGCUGUGGUAACUUCGAAUGGUCACUAAGC